CGACCUUAUGCAGGUCAUACCUCAAGUUAACACCAUCCCUACAGUCAAAUAUGGUGGUGACAGCAUCAAGCUCUGGAGAAGCUUUAGAACCUGGGCUUCUUGUCAGAAUUAAAGGGAGAAUGGAUGGUGUAAAAUACAGGUGGAUAUAUUACAAGCGUGGUGGAACUUCACCUUUCAGCAGGACAGUGGUCCCAAACACAAGAGAAAUGGGUGAACGUUCUACAGUGGCCAAGUCAAAGUCCAAAUUUCAGUCAAAGUAAACAUCCAUCCAACCAACCAGAGGAACCUGGAGCAAAUCUGUCAGAAAGAAUGGGUGAAAAUCCCCAACAGUGUGCAGAGCUGUUAGGAACUUACAGACUUAAAGCUGCUGUUGUGGCAAUAGACGGUUCUACCAUGUACUAGUCUGAAGGGAGGAACCUAGAGGUGAGUGUUACCUGGAUACAACUAGAACCAGCACAGCAACUUUUACAGUCACCUAGAAAUCAACAGAGUAAGCAAAGCCUAAGAGGUGUGAUGGCACAGAAGAUAAAUCAAGCCAAGGAUCCAGGACCACCACAUGGGGCGGUAACUGGACAAUAUGCGGACGAGGAGUAUUUUAUGAAUGUUGCCCUCCUGUUUGCUAAGAAGAGCCGUGAUCCUAAAUCAAAGGUGGGUGCGUGCAUUGUAAAUGAGGAAGGGAAAAUUGUGGGUAUCGGCCACAACAAAAUGCCCAAUGGCCGUGAGGAUGACUUCCCCUGGAAGCGUGGAGGUUCUAGAGGUUUGGACACCAAAUAUCCAUACGUGUGUCAUGCGGAGCUGAACGCCAUCAUGAAUAAAACCUCAGUGGAUGUGAAAGGAUGCACCAUUUACGUCACUCGGUUUCCCUGUAACGAGUGCGCCAAAGCCAUCAUCCAAUCGGGUAUAAAACAUGUGGUUUAUUUAUCAAAACCAUCGGCUGAAGAUCCAAUUGAGAGAGAAGCAGCUGAAAGACUGCUCAGUGGUAUUGGACCCAGACAGUUUCUGUCUAAAACUGAAGCCGAUGAAUUACUGAAGUCCAUCUUACCUGCGCUAAAUGAAUGAGACCGGGGCUGCGCUCUUCAAUACAUUCAGCUUUAGAUUUACCUUUACUGAAACAUUUACCUUUACUGAAACAUUUAACUUUACUGAAACAUUUACCUUUACUGAAACAUUUACCUUUACUGAAACUUUGACCUUUCCCCAAAACACUGGAAAUCCCAGUAUAUUCAAAAUGUCUUUUUGGUGGGUGAACGUUUAGAUCAUUAUAUUAGCUACUUCACUUUCUGCUCUCUGUGUUUUCUUUCAAAUGACAGAUUAUUCAUUAUUAUUAAUUACUGAGUGGUGAUUUGAGCAAACUGACAGCUGAACUGAAUAAACAUUGAAUAAACUACUCCUC